CACGCACGCACGCCGUGGCUGGCUGGGCGGCAGGCUCGCGCCCGGGCUCGCCCCGCGCCGCGCCGCGCCGCGCCACAGGCUCGCGCACUCAGCAGGUUGGGCUGCGGUGGCUGCAGCUGUGGAGCUGGAGCGCUACGUGUGAGAGGUCCCAGACACGUCUGCGGCUCCGGCUCCGCCACCCUCGCCUCAGUCUCGGUGCCGGGUGCUGAGAGGGGAACAGCUCUAGCCUCGGGACCCCCGAGCACACCCCUGGCUGCUUCCGACACCGCCCUCCUUCCUUUCCCAGCUGCGGGCCUCGCUCGGUGCUAGGCGACUCCGAGGAGAGGCGGCGGCGACGGCUGCCUGUCUGUGAGAGGAGCCUUGUUCUCCAGCCUUGCUCCGCUGCCGGGCCCUGCAGGGGCCGAGACAGCUCGGCGCCGACCCUUCCUCUAUCCUCCCCGUGAACCGGUUGGAGCGGCGUCGGUCUGGGAGGUCUCUGGGCUGAGGCGGCGGCAGCUCCUCCGGCUCCAUCAUGUCCGCGGGCGGAGACUUCGGGAAUCCGCUGAGGAAAUUCAAGCUGGUGUUCCUGGGGGAGCAGAGCGAAUUUUUUCAUUUGUGCCUGGUUAUGGCUUGAAGUGUGUUCUUCCCAAAUUCGUAUGUUGAAGUUUAACCUCUAGUACCUCAGAUGCAACUGGUUAAGUUGGAAAGACAUCACUGAUUACCAGAUUCAUGUAUGACAGUUUUGACAACACCUAUCAGGCAACAAUUGGUAUUGACUUUUUAUCAAAAACAAUGUACUUAGAGGAUCGAACAAUCAGGCUGCAGCUAUGGGAUACUGCGGGUCAGGAACGUUUCCGUAGCCUCAUUCCCAGUUACAUCCGUGAUUCUGCUGCAGCCGUAGUAGUUUACGAUAUCACAAAUGUUAACUCAUUCCAGCAAACUACAAAGUGGAUUGAUGAUGUCAGAACAGAAAGAGGAAGUGAUGUUAUCAUCAUGCUAGUAGGAAAUAAAACAGAUCUUGCUGACAAGAGGCAAGUGUCAAUUGAGGAAGGAGAGAGGAAAGCCAAAGAGCUGAAUGUUAUGUUUAUUGAAACUAGUGCAAAAGCAGGAUAUAAUGUAAAGCAGCUCUUCCGACGUGUUGCAGCAGCUCUACCUGGAAUGGAAAGCACACAGGACAGAAGCAGAGAAGACAUGAUUGACAUAAAACUGGAAAAGCCUCAGGAGCAACCAGUCAGCGAAGGAGGCUGUUCCUGCUAAUCCCCCAUGGCAUCUUCAACUUUCCUCCAGAAGCUCACUGCUUUGGCCCCCUUACUCUUUCAUUGACUGCAGUGUGAAUAUUGGCUUGAACCUUUUCCCUUCAGUAAUAACGUAUUGCAAUUCAGCAUUGCUGCCUGUCUCUUGGAGAUGAUCUAUUAGCUUCACAAGCACAAAAAAGUCAGUGUCUUCAUUAUUUAUAUUUUACAAAAAGCCAAACAAUUGCAGCAUAUUCCAGUGGUAACUUUAAAAAUUAGAUACAUUUUCUUAACAUUUUUGUUUCCUUUUUAAUGUUAUGAGAAUGUACUUCAAAAUGAUGGAAAUCUCAACAGUAUGUGGCUUGGUUAAGGAGCAGUUGUUCACAGCAGCACUUGCCUACCUACUUGAUCUCUCCCUACUUUACUUGCUUGUUCUUUACCCCAUUUCCUAUUCCAGUCCUUCCUCCAUCAAAACAAACAAGAGGGGGCAAAGCAGUAGUCACACCAAGCCCAUUGGAAUUAUCCUUCAGUUUUAGCAAUACCACUUGCUCUCAAGAUAUCCAAAAUUAUUCUUAAGCACUGAUAUAAAUUAGUUAGACCUUAAUUGAGGUCAAAACUCAACUAUCAUGGUAGGCAGUGCUGGAAUAAGGAAAGGGUUCUGGUGUGUCUUCAGAAUGAGUCCUAAUGAACAUACUGAGUACUUACAAGUAAAUGAACAUAAAAUAUAUUUCUGACCAAAACAAAUGAUUCUUUCACAUGUUAGACUCUGGGAGAGAAAAGUAAAAGUGCUUCAGAACAGGUUUUAAAUAUUUAAUUCUUCUAAGAUCUAUUUCUUCCAGGAUUUUAAAUUUGUCAAAAUCGAGUUCUUCUGUUUGUUUAAAAAACAAAACUAAACUUUUUUAGGCAAUAGAUUUCUCUUGGGUUUUCUUUUUCUGUCUUCCUUUUCUUUCUUUCCUUCUUUCUUCCUUCCUUUCUUUCUUCCUUUUUUUUUGAAAUGCUGUGCAGGCAAGGCACUGUAGUAAUCAAAUUCCUUUAAGAAGAACCAGUGGAAGAAUUUAAAUUUGGCACUUUGAUCGAAACUACUGUAACUAGUAGAAACAAUGAUAUCUAAACCUUACCAACUAAAGAAUCCUCAAGAGAAUAGCAAAUACUUUGCCCAGGACAAUUGAGGUCAAAUUGAAAGUGGAAACAGUUUUCUUAUAAGCCCUAGAGGCAGAUCUGAAAAAGCAUACAUAGAAGAGGGAAAGGAGAGAAUGAAAAUAAAACUUAAUAUGCAGAUUUAUGCCUUAUUUUUCAGCAUUUUUUUAUGUUCUCUCAAUCCAGUUUUGCUUUUUAUUAGAUCUGUAUAGUUUGCUUAAUUCACUAGUGAUUUAAUUUUAUAUUUAAGCUACAAUUAAUCUUUUUUCUUUGGUGAUAUUUCUUUGCCUUUUUUAAAACUACUUUCAAUUUUUAGAUAUUUUAUUUAGAGCUUCAUAACAAUGGCAAUAUGUAUUUCCCUUAAAACACUGCAAACAAAUAUACUAGGAGUGCACCAUUUUAAUCUUUACUAGUUAUUGUGAGAUUGCUGUGUAAGUUAAUAAAUACAUUUGUAAAUACAUUGUUUGCAGGAAGAAAAUUUCUGAGUUACAGCUCAGGAAAAGCCUGCUGAAUUUAUGUUGUAAGCAUUACUUAACACAGUAUAAGGAUGAAAAGGCAACAAAAAUAUCUUCAUACUUCCUCAUCCCCUCAUUGCAACAAAACCCUUAACUGGGAGAACCUUAUUCCUUCCCCUCUUCCUCCUCCACUUCCCACUUAUUGUCCAACCUUAUAAUAUUCAGAGAGCACUUGGAUUAUGGGUCUGAAUAGAGAAAUGCUUUCAGAUAAUCAUUAGCCCACAUACCCCAGUAACUUGUACUCAAAGACGGGAUGGAGUUGUAAAGUGCUUUUAUAAUACAAUAUUAUUGUUAAAGGCAAGGGUUGACUCUUUUGUUUUAUUUUGACAUGGCAUGUCCUGAAAUAAAUAUCAAUUCAAUAUGG